AUGUCCCGUCCACCGUCCAACUUCUCUUGGGUUUCGAAAUCUGUCGCCGGGUUCGCCUUUCCACGAGAAAAGUAUGAGCUAGAAUAUCUAGUAGACAACGCUGGGAUAAGCCAUAUAAUUACUUUGUGUCAUGAAGUUCCCCAGUACAUUUCGGACUUCACGUCGGUUAAACAUUAUCACUUACCUGUCGAAGAUUUAACUUCUGCAAGUUUGCCUGUUAUUCAGAAAGCAAUGGAAAUUAUCAAACAAGCUGAAACAAAUAAUGAAGUGAGCUCUAAUUUACACUUGAAAAGAAGUCUUUAUUAUGAUAUGAAGUCGGUUUAUAGUCCAAUAAAUAUUUUGCUUUAUACUAUUAAAAUAAUUAGCUCCUCUGAUAAGUUUGAAUAGUGUGAUGAGAAAACGAAGGUUAUCAAGAUUAUGUGAUAUACUUGCUCAAUGCGUCUCGAACAAUCUGACCACGCAUUUACUUAUUAAGAGAUUAUGUAUAAAAAAAUGAAAGGUCAACCAUGAUAAUUAGAAGGUAAAAGGAAACAAAGAUAAUAAUAAAGUACACGAUGUGAAAACCAGUUUAGACAGCGAAUUAGUAUCACCGGGGAGGGUUAAGAGUAAGAAGAAAUUGUUUUUGAACACGUAAAACGGUUACAGUUUUCGCAUAGCCAAGGAUUUCAACAAACCUUAGUAUAAUACUACAAAGGCUGACUUGAUAUCGACCUUAUGACCGGUCUCAACUAAAUGUUUCGUAACGGAGGAAGAUAUUUGUCUAUCCUGUGAUCUUACUUGACCAUUGGGACUCACUGGCUUUGUAGCCAUUUAAGCGUGUAUUCAGCCAUCUUUACUUGCAGAUCACGAUUGCUCCUCCCUAUGUAUGUUUCCACACUUACAUAUAAAAUGAUAGACUCAAUAGGAUGUGCCACAACCGUUUACACGGUGGUCAGGUUUUUGAUGAAAUUUGUUUAUACUCUUAACCCACUGUGGUAAUUUUGAUUCGUUAUCCAGUGGUUUUCACAUCGCGUACUUUGUUAUUAUCUUUACUCACUUCUACCUUCUAGUUAGUAUAGUUGACCUUUUAUUUUUCAUGCAUAAUCUAUUAAUAAGUAAAUGUGUGGUCAGAUUGUUCGAGAUGUAUUGCGCAUACAUAUAUUGCAUAAUCCUGGUAACCUUCGUCUUUUAUUUAUUUAUUUUAACACAUAGAUAUCGGUACAAGAAGGCACCAAAUACAUAUGCGCCACACAGAUCUCAUUUGAUAUGUGUGAGGGCUGUGAUAC